AUGCAGACAUCAGUGAGAAAGCGUCGGUCGACGAAAGCCCAAAUAGAUUUCCUCGAAGUAUUGCAAACGGCACAUGACACAGAUAUUCAAGAAGUUGAGAGGGACGACGACACCCUCGACAUCUUGAAACAUGCCUUUUUGCCCGAACAUCCUCUAUACAAAACACAUGCCGUCUCUUGCGACCCCAAUCGAUUAACAAACUUCAUACCCAACUUUGUUGGAGGCACUUUACCCCGCGCUGACCAGGGAGACAGAGAAUUUUACUGUUGUACUAUGCUCACUCUGCUUGUUCCUUGGAGAACUGGUAAGGAAUUAAAACAAGAAGGUGAAAGUUGGCAUGACGCUUUUACCACAUUUCCAUUUUCUUCCGAACAAAAGAGGUUGAUGAGUAACUUCAACUUGAGGUACGAGUGCAACGAUGCAAGAGAUGAUUAUCACGCCAUAUUGAAAGCAAAAGGUGUUGCGGCGAAUAAAGUAUUCUCUAUUGGCGAUAGGUUCAUGGGUGAAGUUGAUCUCGACAUCGACCCAGACAAUGGAACAACAUACGGUUUAGAAUACAAUAUAAUGGACGAGACAGCUCCAGAAAUUGGCAAAAUCUCUCAACGCAAACUUUCCCAGAUGGCCGAUGUGGACAGAAUCAUGAUGUCUUGUGGUUGGCUCGACAAUUGCAAAAAUUAUAUAAUACAGCCCUACACACAUUUCAAGCCACAAAUAUUACGUAGUGCAAAUCAGUGGAAAACACUCGUUAACGAAGCANAG